AUGCUUGGAAGUGGAGGCAUGGUGACUUUGGGUAGACCAGGCAUUGUUGGCAGGCUAGGAAGGGGAGGCUGUGUGGUUGGCAAAGUUGGCAAUGUAGGCUGUGGCAGUGUUGGUAUAGAAGGCAUUGGUGGCAAUGUUGGUUUAGGCAAAUUCGGCACAGAAGCUGGUGGUGGGGAGAGGAAUGGAAUAGAGGGAAUUGUAGUUGGGAUAGGGAUAGUGGGAAUUGAAGGCAUGCUUGGAAGUGGAGGCAUGGUGACUUUGGGGAGACCAGGCAUUGUUGGCAGGCUAGGAAGUGGAGGCUGUGUGGUGGGCAAGGUUGGCAAGGCAAAUUCGGCACAGAAGGUAAAGGGGGAAACUGCAGAAGAUGACGAGCUGCCUCACCGCCUGAAAGAAUAUGGAAGCCAAUAUGUAUGCACUGAUGUGGAGAUCACAACAAUCCUUCAGAAAUCAGCAUGGUAA